AGCACCAUCAAUCUUCGAAUUCGGCUCUACUUGUUUACACCCGGCUAUAGCAUAACUCAUUUCCAUUUUAAUUGAUGGUGUAUAUAAAAAACAUGAGGUAUCAAUUGGAGAUGCUGUUUAGAAGUCCUCCACGAAACUUCAACUCUAGCUUUUAUAGAAAGAGAAACGCGCUCCAAAUCGAAGACCAUAACCACAUCUACGCACCCCGAUCAGAACAUCAACAGGAACCGUACGAUCUAGGGCUUUCCACCAGCCAUGCCGAAGAACAAGGGAAAGGGAGGCAAGAACCGCAAGCGAGGCAAGAACGAAGCCGACGACGAGAAGCGCGAGCUCGUCUUCAAGGAAGACGGCCAGGAGUACGCCCAGGUACUCCGCAUGCUCGGAAACGGCCGCUGCGAGGCCACGUGCAUCGACGGCACGAAGCGCCUGUGCCACAUCAGGGGGAAGAUGCACAAGAAGGUCUGGAUCGCCGCCGGCGACAUCAUCCUCGUCGGCCUGAGGGAUUACCAGGACGAUAAGGCUGACGUCAUCCUCAAGUACAUGCCCGACGAGGCCAGGCUCUUGAAGGCGUACGGCGAGUUGCCAGAGAACACGAGGCUGAACGAGGGGAUUGCUGGUGGGCUCGAUGAGGAGGAGGACGGCGCUGGCGAUGAUUAUAUUGAGUUCGAGGAUGAGGAUAUUGAUAAGAUCUAGGGUUUCAAAGGUUUCUCGACUUAAUUUAUGUACUCCUCCGUCCCAAUUGGCUGUCCUUACGAAAAAGUCGUGCAAUUUUUCAGAUUAAAUAAUAGAGUAAGUCGGUACGUAAUUUUUUGAAGUUUUUUUCACCAAAUCUGAAUUGAAGAACUCGAAGAAGUACUUCAAUUUGGUGCAAGAAAUAAAAAAAUUAUGCAUGAAAAAUACUUUAUUUUUUGAUAGCAAAAUUGCACAACUUUUUUUGUAUGGGACAAGCAAUUUAGGAUAGAGGGUGCAUAUAUCAUAUCGUCUCCUUUCGUUCGAUUGGGUAUGAGUGUAUUUCAUAUUUAUGUGUAAGUUGUGAAUUGACGUUGUGGCGGAAUUGGGGAUUCGCGGCUUAAGUCUAAGUCUGUAAUAUAUACUACUUGACGAGCUUGAUGCAGUAAUAUUUGUGUUACCUUUCAAUUAUUCAGCUUUUUUGGGCUGAAGUUCCAAUAAUAUGGUGCAUGAAUGUUGUAGGCU